CGCGCUGCCGUAGCCCCUGCGAAACCAUUCUGUAGAGCCCGUUCCAGUUCUCGUUGGAGGAAGAGAAAGAAGAGAAUCGGGUUACAAGAUGGCGGGCGUCUGAGGUACGAGUUGAGCGGAGGAGGAGGCUGGGGGAGACCGUAAUAAGAAGCGGGGCAGACAGCGCGCCCGAGCCCAGCAGCCCCAGCUCGUUCCACCACAAAGGCCCGACCCCGUGUAAUCCGCCCAGCAUGGUCCGUGGCGGGGGCUGCUCGUGAAGCUGGCAGGGGACAGAGCAGCUGAGGGGAGCAGCGACGGGGGAGAAGGGGAAGAGCGGGAGCAGCUAUCGGGGGAAUCCGGGGAGUGCGACGGCAUCAUGUCGGACACCAGGCGGCGGGUGAAGGUCUACACCCUGAACGAGGACCGCCAAUGGGACGACAGGGGUACCGGGCAUGUGUCCUCCACCUACGUGGAGAGGCUGAAGGGGAUGUCCCUCCUGGUCAGGGCCGAAUCCGACGGUUCCCUGCUUUUAGAAUCCAAGAUAAAUCCGAACACGGCGUAUCAGAAGCAGCAGGAUACCUUGAUUGUUUGGUCUGAGGCAGAAAACUACGACUUGGCUCUUAGUUUUCAGGAAAAGGCUGGUUGCGAUGAAAUCUGGGAAAAAAUUUGCCAGGUUCAAGGGAAGGAUCCAUCUGUAGAAGUCACACAAGAUCCCAUUGAUGAGUCUGAGGAAGAGCGCUUUGAGGAGAUGCCAGAAACCAGUAACUUGAUCGAUCUUCCUACUUGUGAACUAAGCAAACUUGAAGAGAUUGCUGACCUUGUUACCUCUGUUCUUUCAUCACCUAUUCGAAGAGAAAAGCUGGCAUUAGCUUUGGAAAAUGAGGGCUACAUUAAAAAACUGCUUCAACUCUUCCAAACUUGUGAGAACCUGGAUAAUACAGAAGGCUUACAUCAUUUAUACGAGAUUAUACGAGGAAUAUUAUUUCUCAAUAAAGCAACUCUGUUUGAGGUGAUGUUCUCGGAUGAGUGUAUUAUGGAUGUUGUGGGAUGCCUAGAGUAUGACCCUGCCUUGGCCCAGCCGAAAAGACACCGGGAAUUCUUAACCAAAACAGCAAAGUUUAAGGAAGUAAUUCCGAUCACAGACUCCGAACUUAGGCAAAAGAUACACCAAACGUACAGGGUACAGUACAUACAGGAUGUCAUCUUGCCCACACCCUCGGUCUUUGAAGAAAAUUUUCUUUCUACGCUCACUUCUUUCAUUUUUUUCAACAAAGUGGAGAUUGUCAGCAUGUUGCAGGAAGAUGAAAAAUUUCUGUCUGAGGUCUUUGCACAGUUAACAGAUGAUGCUACAGAUGAUGACAAAAGACGUGAACUGGUGAAUUUUUUCAAGGAGUUUUGUGCAUUUUCUCAGACUUUGCAGCCUCAAAACAGAGAUGCGUUUUUUAAAACAUUGGCAAACUUAGGAAUUCUUCCUGCCCUUGAAAUAGUCAUGGGUAUGGAUGACUUGCAAGUAAGGGCAGCUGCUACAGAUAUAUUUUCUUAUCUGGUAGAAUUUAGUCCAUCCAUGGUUCGCGAGUUUGUAAUGCAAGAAGCCCAGCAGAGUGAUGAUGAUAUUCUUCUGAUAAAUGUUGUUAUUGAGCAAAUGAUUUGUGAUACUGACCCAGAGCUUGGAGGAGCAGUUCAGUUAAUGGGACUCCUGCGAACAUUGAUAGACCCAGAGAACAUGUUAGCAACAGCUAAUGUAAGAUCCUGCACAUGGAAAGCUGAAAAGAGUGAAUUUUUGAAUUUCUUCUACAACCAUUGUAUGCAUGUUCUCACGGCACCUCUCUUAGCAAACACUUCUGAGGAUAAGCUGGAGAAAGAUGCAGUUGUUGGAUCCACCAAGAGUAGCACAAUCUGCCCUGAUAAUUAUCAAACUGCACAGUUGCUUGCCUUAAUAUUGGAAUUGCUCACGUUUUGUGUUGAACAUCACACAUACCAUAUUAAAAACUACAUAAUGAACAAGGAUCUACUUAGGAGAGUGUUAAUUCUGAUGAAUUCGAAGCAUACAUUUUUGGCUUUAUGUGCAUUACGUUUCAUGAGGCGUAUAAUUGGCUUAAAAGAUGAAUUUUACAACCGCUAUAUCAUAAAGGGCAACCUUUUCGAGCCAGUUAUUAACGCACUUCUGGAUAAUGGAACCAGAUACAAUCUGUUAAACUCUGCAGUAAUUGAACUGUUUGAAUUUAUUAGAGUGGAAGACAUAAAGUCUCUGACGUCACACAUAGUAGAUAACUUUUAUAAGGAACUUGAACCCAUUGAGUAUGUUCAGACUUUUAAAGGAUUGAAAACAAAGUAUGAGCAAGAGAAAGAUCGUCAAAACCAGAAAUUAAGCAGUGUUCCAUCCAUAUUGCGCAGCAACCGAUUCCGUAGGGAUGCAAGAGCUUUAGAUGAAGACGAAGAGUUGUGGUUUAAUGAAGAUGAGGAGGAAGAAGGAGAAGCUGUUGUACCUCCUGUUGAAAAAUCAAAAGCAGAGGAUGACUUUCCUGACAGUUAUGAAAAAUUCAUGGAAACAAAAAAAGCUAAAGAGAGCGAAGAUAAGGAGAAUCUUCCAAAGAGGACUGCUGUUGGAGGAUUCAAAUUCACAUUUUCUCACUCUGCCAGUGCAGCUAACGGUGCAAAUAGUGCAAAUAGCAAAUCUGUGGCAGCUCAAACACCACCAGUGGGGUCGAACGGCUCUUCCUCGAAAAAUACAAACUUGGCCACCACAGUAACAGCCACCAAGCAGGGAAGUCUAAUUGGCUUAGUGGAUUACCCUGAUGAUGAAGAGGAAGAGGAAGAAGAGGAUACAUCCCCACGAAAAAGACCACGUCUUGGAUCAUAAAGAUACUGACACUCAUUAGUUGUGCAUUUUUUAAUGAUGCAAACUGAUGUUGGAGCAUAGUGAGUCUGAAAGCUUUCUCCCUUGAAUACAUAAUGGAAGUAGCCAAACUCCACUAAAAGGGUAUAAAUGCCAAGCUUUCAUCGAAGCCCUUCUAGUGUUCAAGAAGCCUUGUAGGCUUUCAAACUGAUGGGUUAGCUAUGAAAACCUAGAUGACUGCUUCAAUGCAAUCUGCAUCUUGUGUAUAGGAUGGGCACAGAAUGGAAUUUAAAAAGACCAUUUUUAUGUUGGAGGGUUGCCCCAGGAUGUAUGUCAACUAGAACAUUAAAAAGAUGCUUUCAGUUGCACACCCAGUAAUCUUAAUUUUGUAAUGGUGCUGGCCAUAGUGUUUUAUCAAUUGCCUAUUUUAUAAAACCAAUUGAAGGGAAACUAAAUCUGUUAUUAAAGAAAAAAAUGAAAAUAAAACCUCGGGACCAUUCUUUGUAAA